GCGCGCUCUUAUCUCUCUGACGCUGUUUAAUGAGCGCUAAUGAUCUCAGUUAAUGAAUGGCAAACACUAACUGGAUGUGGUUCUCCUCUUCGAGUGUGUGUGAAUCGCGCUGUUGAUUCAGCAUCUCCUCCGCUGCGCUGCGUGUGUGUGAGGCUGGGGGUGUGCGCGCGCGCGUGUGCGCGUGUGUGUGUGUGUGAGCAUGAUCGAGUGCAUGUGGACGCGUGAGGCAGGAGGGAGGAUGUCUGUACAUGUGUGAUCCGCAGACAGACAGCUGUAUUUACCCGGAGAAACCGCGCACACUCGCCGCUCUGCGUCGCCAGGAUGCCCGAGGAGGUGAACGAGAAGCCGGAUCUGGAGGAUCCUUCAGCUCAACACACCGGAGAGCAGACGGAGGAGACGGCAGAAACCCCAUCCUCAGACACGUCCAGCCCCGAACGCUCAAAUCAGACAGAAACACAUACUGAGAGUCCUGAGAGCGAACCUGAUGAACAGGUCGUGCCCAGCCUCCUGAAGGACGCUUCAUCUGAAGAGUUGGAAGUAUCCCAGAUACCGUAUCCGGAUGUUCAGUGUCCAGAUCAAGCUCCUGAUUCCUCCGGCAGGAAGGACGAUACACACACGAUUCGACCUCCUCACCCUGACCCCGGCGUGACCUCUGACCCUCCCAAUGAGAUUCCCACAGAUCAGCCGUCUCUGUACGGCACACUGAACGCUCAGGCCGUCACACUGCUGCACGGAUUACCCUUCUUUCCCGGCCGGACCUUCUUUCCGGAGAACUGCUUCACUCUUCCGCUCCACCGUGAUGGUUUCACACGUGGUGUUUCCAAACCAGAUCCAGACACAGUCCAUCACAUGAGGCCCGCGCUGGACCUCACCACACACACAUAUUUACAGGACCUAUACCAUUCACAGACGCUCGUCCCGCAGAAACGCGCCAGCAUGGUGAGCCUCGACACCAUUCGCAAGGAUCCGCGCUGGAGGGACCCGAACCUGCGGGAGGUCAUCUCCAUGCUGAGCCACCCCAUGGACCCGGUGAAGUCCAACGCCGCUGCGUAUCUCCAGCACCUGUGCUACGAGAACGACUCGGUCAAGCAGGACGUCCGGCAGCUGCGAGGGAUCCCCGUCCUGGUGAGGCUGCUGGAUCAUCCCAAAGCCGAGGUCCAUCGCAAGGCCUGUGGCGCGCUGAGGAACAUCUCCUUCGGCCGGGACAACUUCAACAAGGUGGCCAUCAAGAACGCGGACGGCAUUCCUGCGCUGCUGAGGCUCCUGAGGAGAUCCGACGACGUGGAAGUCCGAGAACUCGUCACAGGAACGCUGUGGAAUCUCUCGUCCCAUGAGCCUCUGAAGAUGAUGGUCAUCAACCACGGCCUGCAGACGCUGACCGACGAGAUCAUUAUCCCUCACUCGGGUUUGAGAGGAGACCCGAACCACCCGUCUCGACCCGGAGCCCCGGAGUGGAACACGCUCUUCAAGAACACUUCGGGAUGCCUGAGGAACGUGAGUUCAGACGGAGCUGAAGCUCGACAGAGACUGCGUGACUGUGACGGUCUGGUGGACGCUCUGCUGCACGCGCUCUAUUCUGCUGUCGCCAACAGGGACAUCAAUAACAAAUCGGUGGAGAACUGCGUCUGUAUCUUGCGUAAUCUGUCGUAUCACGUGCACAAAGAGGUUCCUGGAGCUGAGAGAUUCCAAGCCGUCGAUCACAGCGCGAAACCAGGAGGACACCAGAAGAAGAAGGAGGAGCCGGAACGUUCUGGAGGACUAACGAGCAAAGAAGAAUGGUUCUAUCAGUGUAAGUGUUUUAAUUCAGCUUCCCACACACACACACACACACACACA